GAGAUAUUUGUUGCUGCUAAGGGUCACAAGGUCAAAAAGUGACCCGUCCCGACCCUUAUAGGGUCAAAAGCUGACCCGUCAGUAAACUGACCCUAGAGACAAACUGACCCAUCUCGACCCUCAGGGAUGGGACGGGUUAGUGGGUUUUCAGGGUCACACUUACACCCCUAGCGAGAACGUUUUGUUCCUGAAUAUUUCCAGCGUGAGCACGAGACCUUACAAGGAAUUCGACAGGGGGCACGCAGUGUGGAAGAUUAUUAUUGAGAACUUGAGCUGCUGCUAAUGCGCACCAAUGUCAGGGAGGAUCGAGAAGCAACGAUCACGCGGUUUCUCCACAGAUUGAAUAGAGAAAUUUGACAAGAAUUGGAGCUGCGACCCUUCUUGGAUCUCGAGGAAGCUGUGCACCUUGCUGUGAAGAUAGAAAAGCAGCAGAAGAUAUCGUUAGGACGACAUUUUUCCCUGGCGGUGAAGACGACGACAGAGGCCAGUCUCGAGACCAAUACAUCUCCAACGAAGCCUGUAAUUUCCAAAUUGGUUUAGAGAAACACUAAUCCGACGCCUCCAGAACGCUCCAGAGGAAUCCAGUAUUUCAAAUGCCACCAGUGCUCCAAUUUGAAAACUCUGGUGAUCAGAUAAGGGGCUUACCUUAUCGACGACGAACAAUCCGAGGUCAGUGAUGAAGAAAAGGCUGACGAGGAGGUUGAAAUGGAAGCAGCACCUCCGGGGAAACUUCUAGGGGUCAGCAGGAGGACUCUUACCCUUGAACAUGUUCAGGAUUUGAGUCAACGAGAGACCUUGUUCCACUUUCGCUGCCUUGUUUAAGGUAAGCUUCUGUCAUUGAUCGUCGAUGGCGGGAGUUGUGCAAACGUCAUUAGUGAGGAUGCAGUGAAUAAACUUGGUUUAAGCACGACGAGACAUCCUGAACCCUACAAUUUACACUGGCUAAAUGAUUAUGGGGUGAUUCGGGUGACAAAAUGAGCUAAAGUUCAAUUCGAGAUCGACAGAUACAAGGAUGAGCUCAAGUGUGACGUAGCUCCGAUGCAGGUCGCUCACGUACUGCUGGGAAUACAUGCUCAAACAGUAGAAGGUUUGGCAUCAAGGGAGACAAUACAUGCUCAAACCAAUGUUGCCGGAGGAAGUGUUGGAAGACCGAAGACAAUUGGAGGCCGGUCAACGACGAUCGAAGGGUAAGUCUAGUGGAGAGCCGAAUAACAAUCCUCGUGGAAGCAAUGGGGUAAUCCAAAAGCUGAUGCUUACUGGAUAUAAGAAGGCGAGGAAAGUUCGGUGACGACGACCCUGUAAACCGUCGCCGGAGCAGGGUAGAAGAGAGGGUAAGUAGGUCGGGACAACUGGGGAAGAUUUGAGCCUUGCGGCCACUACAAACACGUUACCCAACACCUUAGGAAGCUCAUCGACACCCUCAAUUGCAGCUAAUAUACCUGGAUUGCUGAAUCGAAAUCGACCAGGAAUCGCUCUGGAAACGAGCAGACUCUACCAAAAAUUUGGUCUAUUGGUUGGUACCGCUGAGCACGAUUCGACGUUAACUGGAAUUGCAGAAUCUUUGCAAUGGAUGCCCGAAGCUGUAGGAAGCUUCAAUUGCAACCAAAGAUCUCUGUGGAAGAAAAUUCCAAAUCAAAUUUAGAAUUUCUGGGUUUUGAAAUUUUGAACGUCGACACUGGCGGGAAAGACGCGAACAACGAUUCGACGAAGGGAACGACGAAUCGAGCCACGAGGUCCACCACAUACUUCAAUUCGCAGCACGAGGAAGCCACUAGUGACAUUGAAUUGUACUGUGGAUCCCUCAAUAAGAAAGCUCCAACUCGAGGACUGAAGAACGAAGGCCUAAAUUCCCAGAAAUGGCAGUUUGCGAGGGUCUCUUUCUAUCCAAUUUGGGAUCGAUUUGCUGAAGCUUUUGAAGAGCGAAGGGUCAAAGCUUUGAGGUCAAAGAUUUUUUAUGGGGGACGGAAUGAUAUGAUCUAAAUUGGAUCAAUAUACAAGUCGACAUUGUGUGACCAAGAAGACACCUCAAACACUAACAACAAUUCUGAUUUUUGUCCAAGUCUUUUUAUAGUUACAGGAGACCCACUUUGGAGGUUUGGUUCUUUCAAUCUAUUUGAUGAAAACUCACAUUUGAUGGUUUGUAUUGAAUCUGGGAAGGUUUUCUACACCAUGGAGUGCUUGUAAACCUGGCAAUCGGGUCGGGUUGGGUAAUUUCGGGUUGGGGAAUUUGGUUACGGGUCGGGUCAUGUUUGCUUGGAUGAUUUCGGGUCAAAUAUUGACCCAACCCAUUCGGUUUCGGGUCGGUUACAGUUCAUUUUGGGUUAUGAGCGUUCUCAGUAACAAUAUCAAACAUGCUUCAUAUUUUGUUAAAGAACACAAAUUUUCACAUAUGCAUGACAAUAGUUUACCUAACACAUGUCAAUUAACAUAUUCUCAAAUCCUCCCACGCUAAUGAAAUGAAAUACAAAUU